AUGAGCCAAUUUAAUUACCAAUUUGACACUACUACACCCAGUUCUUCCUCUACCUCACCCAAAGUUUCACCGUCUAUAAGGCCUAUAGAAUUCGGUGAUAAUGGUGGUUUUAUUAAAGACAAUGAUCUUGAUGAUAUAAUAUUUAUAUCACCUAACGAUAAUGAUGAAUUUUCAUUACCCGACGAUAAGAUGUUAGAUAAUAUCGACCAAUUGGAAAUACCGCAUUAUUUAAAUCGGCAAUUAUGGAAUGCUAAUUUUAUAUCUCCGAUACACGAUAUCUUGUCCAGUCGUAAAAGAGUUCAUGUUUUAGAUGUUGGCUGUGGAAAAGGAACUUGGAUACUAGACAUGUCAUUGAAGUAUCCAUUUUCAAUUUUCAUAGGAAUUGACAGAUCACCAAUUUUUCCAUCACAAAACAAUAUAAAACAAUUGAACGCGACAUUUUUAUAUUUAAAUUUGUUAGAGAAAGCGUUGCCAUAUGAUAACAACACUUUCGAUUUUGUUCAUUUGAGAUAUUUGAAUUUGAAUUUACUUAAAGUGAAUUGGUCAAUUAUAAUAAAUAAACUUAUAAAUGUUUUGAAAAACUCUAGUAAUGAUGACAUUGGUUAUAUUGAAAUUUGUGAAUGGGAUUUAGUAACAUUUAAUAAUGGACCUGUUACUAAAAAAUUGUUCAAGUCUGUCCAAGAAUAUUUAAUAUCAAUAGGUAUUGAACCAAUUAUCAGCAAAACGCUCGAACAAAUAUUAAAAGAAAAACCCGACGAACUAACAGAUAUUACAAUCCAAAAAAAAUUCUUUCCGAUCGGUAAUUGGUCAAGAAUUAAAGCAAGAAAACAACAUUCAUUCUCUUCAUUAAAUAUUGAUUACAACAACAGCAACGUCGGUAGUAAAUUUUUGAAAAUAUUGAAUAAUUUCAAACCACAUUUAUCAAAUUAUAUGGGAAUGGAUGAUAAAAAAUUUGAUAAUAUGAUAAAAGACUUUAUUAAAGAAGUUGAUAGUUAUAAAACUUUUGGUCAGGAAACCAGGAUUUACGCUAGAAAAAUCUAA